UAUAUAUUAAUUAAUUACCAUAAAUCGUUCCACAUCUCCACUAUAAAUAUGGCAUCAUAAGUCCAAAUCUAAAGGAUCAAAUAACUAAAGCCAAAGAUGGAAAACAGAGAAACUCUUGUUUACAUUCUCAUUUGCAUCUUUCUCUCUCUCCACUUCUUGUUUUGGAGAUUCAGGCCGCGUUACACUGAAGUUACGUCUGUCUUCAGACUGACCCGCCACCUUAACAUCCGCAGUUUAGCUUCAGUAACAAGCUAUAACUUCGACUUCAUGUUGUAUAUGGUCAAUAAGGCCAAGUCUGUCAACAAAGCACUAGACGAGGCUGUUCCUCUCUGCGAGCCAGCACUCAAAAUCCGUGAAUCCAUGAGGUACACACUUCUCUCGGGUGGAAAACGUGUAAGGCCAAUGCUUUGCUUAGCUGCGUGCGAGCUCGUAGGCGCCCAAGAGUCCAUCGCAAUGCCCACUGCAUGUGCGGUUGAGAUGCUUCACGCGUCAUCUCUCAUCCAAGACGACCUCCCUUGUAUGGAUGACGACAACCUUCGUCGAGGAAAACCCACCAACCAUAAAGUAUAUGGUGAAGAUAUAUCCGUCUUGACCGCUGAUGGACUCAUAGCUUUGGCUGUCAAGAAGAUGGCCGCGUCUACCUUUUUGGGCGUUCCUCCAGAGAGGGUUCUCCGGGCCAUUCUGGAGAUGACAAAAGCGUUGGGAACGGAAGGGCUCGUUGCGGGUCAAGCGGCUGAUCUGGCCGGAGAAGGAAUGAGCGGAGUGGGGUUGGAACAUCUUGAGUUUAUACAUAUUCACAAAGCGGCGGCGUUGCUUGAAGCUUCUGCGGUGGCGGGGGCUAUAGUGGGAGGUGGGUCUGAUGAAGAGAUUGAAAGGCUUAGGAAGUAUGCAAGAUGCAUUGGGCUUAUGUUUCAAGUUGUGGAUGAUGUUCUUGACGUGACAAAGUCGUCGGAGUUGGGGAAGACUGCCGGUUCAUGAGAUUUGGUGGCCGGAAAGCUAACGUAUCCGAGGUUCUUGGGAGUGGAGAAGUCGAAGGAGUAUGCGGACUUUAUUAGUCACUACGCUAGGUCUAGAUGCCAUGUCUGUAUGGUACAAAAUCUGUAUAUCAAAAGCCAAAAGAUAUUAGGUUUCACAGUUAAAAUAGAGUAUACAACAAAGUAAAAACACAGAUCCAACUGAAAUUCGAGGUUCUUUUUUAUAUAAUAAAACAAUGGAAAAAGUCCUGACCACAGAUGACUAAAGGAGGAGUGCCCAGAGACACAGAACUCAAAACAUAGACUAACAAAACCUCAAUAGAGAGUUAUCAUCAGAAAGCCAACUAAUCGAUAGAGAAAAAAAAAACAGUACAAGCAGAUCUUAGAGAGAAAGCAUAGAUAAAGAGAA